UGCCGCACGUCAUGAUUCUAGCCCAGAGCAACCUGACAGAAGAUGAAGAAGAGGAAUUACCAGAGGACGCGCUAUCAUUGCUCUCAGUGUUAUUCGUUGGUUUCCUGCUAUUUGUCUUGAUAUUUCUCUCAGUUGCCGGCAAUGUCCUCGUAUGCGUGGCAAUAUACACUGACAGAGGAUUACGAAGAAUAGGAAAUUUAUUUUUGGCCUCAUUAGCAAUCGCGGAUUUAUUUGUUGGAUGUUUAGUGAUGACAUUUGCUGGAGUAAAUGAUCUAUUGGGUUACUGGAUGUUCGGACCGAGUUUCUGUGACACAUGGAUAGCAUUUGACGUUAUGUGCAGUACUGCCUCGAUAUUAAAUCUAUGCGCGAUAUCACUGGAUCGCUAUAUUCACAUAAAAGAUCCCCUGAGGUAUGGACGCUGGGUGACCAGACGAGUCGCUGUUGGAAGCAUUGCCGUUGUCUGGCUUCUUGCCGGUACUGUUUCGUUUGUUCCUAUUAGUCUGGGUCUUCACAAGAGCCAGGAUUCGAAAAAUUCAUCUCCUACCUACAACGAUGGUCUCCAAGAAUAUCCAACUUGUGCUCUCGACUUAUCGCCCACCUACGCUGUUCUAUCAUCCUGCAUAUCAUUUUACGUUCCUUGUGUUGUGAUGGUCAGCAUAUAUUGUCGACUGUAUUGUUAUGCUCAGAAACAUGUUAAAAGUAUACGAGCGGUUACAAAAUUACCGCAGCCAUCAUCAUUAGGGAAAAGUUUUCGUGCCAAGAGUACACGAAAUAAAUUACAGCAUCAAGAGCAAACUAAAAGUAAGCCACCGGCUAAAACGAAGCCCACAUCACCCUAUCACGUUUCUGAUCAUAAGGCAGCAAUAACUGUUGGUGUUAUUAUGGGAGUUUUUUUGAUAUGCUGGGUACCAUUUUUUUGUGUCAAUAUCGUUGCUUCAUUUUGCAAAACUUGUAUACCAGAUCGAGCUUUUCAGGUAUUAACCUGGCUCGGAUACAGUAACUCGGCCUUUAAUCCGAUAAUCUAUAGCAUCUUUAAUACAGAAUUCCGUGAGGCAUUUAAACGUAUCCUAACAAAAGGAGCCCGAGCACGUGGUAAUCAGCCAUCGACUAGUGAGUGCGGUGAAUUUCGUUCGGUUAUUGUACAAAAAAGAAAUGGGUCUAUUGUUGAGUGUAAUAUAAGUCAUAGAUCUAGCGCUGACAGUUGUCAAGUCGGUCAAUUAGGUAGAUUACAACAGAUUAAUCACCAUCGUGAUACCAUCGUUAGUUCUAUUUAA